UAGGGAUGGGCACAAAAGUAUAAACUUCCUCUCCUGUACAGAAAAGGACACUCUGCAUUUUCUUCGAUUCUCUCAAAACCCCAAUUUCUUCCUUCAAUCUUCAUUACAGAAGAAGAAGAGAGAGAGAGAAAGAAGAAUCAUCACCGUCUUCUCCGGCCGCUCUCUCUCUCUCUAUCUCUCUGGAAAUGAAGCUGGAGAAGGAGGCCAUGGCACUGCAGCCUCUCCUCUUCGUCGUCAUUCUCCUCCUUUCUGGACCGACAUCCAUCGAUUCCGUCACAGAUUCAUCCGACUCUUCUGCUUUAGGAGUAAUGUAUUCCAGCUUAAAUUCUCCAUCACAAUUGACCAAUUGGAACUCGAGUGGCGGCGAUCCGUGUGGAGAUUCUUGGCUGGGUAUUACCUGUUCUGGCUCGAGAGUGACAGAAAUAAAAAUAGCUGGUCUGGGACUAAGUGGUUCAAUUGGCUACCAGCUUUCAAGUUUAACUUUUGUAACCAUUUUUGAUUUAAGUAACAAUAAUCUUGGCAAUGAUAUACCUUAUCAGUUGCCGCCAAAUGUGCAGCAGUUAAAUCUUGGGGGAAAUGGCUUCACUGGGAGUAUUCCUUAUUCAAUUUCUCUGAUGACUUCCCUUGUAUACCUAAAUCUUGGCCACAAUCAAUUACAGGGACAAUCAAAUGACAUAUUUGGACAACUUUCAAAACUUUCCACAUUGGAUCUCUCAUUUAAUUCUUUAACUGGAAAUCUUUCUCAGAGUAUGAGUUCCCUUACCAGUAUGACAAAUAUGUACCUUCAGAAUAACCAAUUCACUGGAACUAUUGAUGUUUUGGCCAAUCUUCCCCUUCAAAAUUUGAAUAUUGAAAAUAAUCGUUUCGUCGGCUGGAUUCCAGCACCGUUAGCAUCCAUCAAUAUCCAGCAAGGUGGCAACUUGUUGAACUCCGGACCUGCACCUCCACCUCCUCCAGGCACACCUCCUACUCCCACUGGAAAUCCUAACAGUAGUAAUGAGAAUAACCGACCCAAUGUUAGCACCACCAGCAGUGACGGUGGAAGCAAGAAAAAAUCCGGCAUAAGUGGUGGUGCUGUUGCUGGUAUAGUGAUAUCCCUUUUAGUUGUUGGGUCAGUUAUUGCAUUCUUUAUUAUGAGGAAAAGGACCCGGAGAUCGUCAACCGAUAUCGAAAAGUUCGAUAAUCAGCCGCUAGCUCCUCAUGUUUCAAAUGAUGUGCAAGAAUUGAAGUCUAUUCCAACAGUAUCUUCAGUGGAGACCAAAAAACAAUACGAACCUUUGGCUUCGAUAAACCUCAAACCACCACCUAAUGAUCGUCACAAAUCAUUUGACGGAGAAGAAGAUCGCUUGAGGAAACCAAUUCUCAAGAAGAAAACCGAUAGAACAUUAAUCAAUGCUACUUCGUAUUCUAUAGCAGACUUGCAGCUCGCGACUGAAAGCUUUAGUGUGGAUAAUCUCAUCGGUGAUGGGUCCAUUGGAAGGGUCUAUCGUGCUGAAUUUAACGACGGAAAGGUUCUUGCUGUGAAGAAAAUAAAUAGUUCUGCUCUUUCCAGUGAUUCAUCUGAAGAUUUUCUUGAAAUAGUUUCAAAUUUAUCAAGACUUCAUCAUCCUAACAUAACAGAAUUUGUCGGUUAUUGUUGUGAGCACGGUUUGCACUUGCUGGCUUACGAAUUCCACAAAACAGGUUCUUUGCAUGAUUUCCUACAUUUAUCUGAUGAAUACAGCAAACCUUUGAUCUGGAAUACCCGAGUCAAGAUCGCUCUCGGAACCGCACGAGCAUUAGAGUAUCUACAUGAAGUUUGCUCGCCAUCUAUUGUUCACAAAAAUGUAAAGUCUGCAAACAUAUUGUUAGAUGUCGAUCUCAAUCCUCGUAUGUCCGAUGCUGGCCUAUCGAGUCUCAUUCCAGACGCUGAUUUGGCAUUGAAUCAUAAUGCGGGUUCUGGAUAUAGUGCACCUGAGGUCGCAAUGUCGGCCCAAUACACCAUAAAGAGCGAUGUUUACAGCUUUGGCAUAGUCAUGUUGGAACUCCUUACUGGUAGAAAACCGUUUGAUAGCUCAAGGUCGAGAGCUGAGCAAUCUUUGGUUCGAUGGGCAACUCCUCAACUCCACGAUAUUGAUGCUCUCACGAAAAUGGUUGAUCCAGCUCUAAAGGGUUUAUAUCCCGUCAAAUCUCUUUCGCGUUUUGCUGAUGUUAUUGCACUUUGUGUUCAGUCGGAGCCAGAGUUCAGGCCACCCAUGUCGGAGGUGGUGCAAUCGCUUGUGUUACUGGUGCAACGAGCUAACAUGAGCAAGAGAACUGUUGGUAACGAUCGACAGACUGAUAAUUCGGAAAGCUAUGAUGACUAUUAAGGAAGAAAUAAACUGAAAUUUGUGCAGAAUUUUUAAAUGAUUUUUGUAUCAUCAAGUUUCUUUCCUUGUAUGGGAUUGAAAAUGGAAGCUGAAUCAACAAUUGAAGCAAUGCAGAUGUUUUUGGCCACAUUUUGGAUUAUUUCUCAUUCACACUACUUUUUUUUUAUUGAAAAUAUGUUCUUAUUUCUGUUU